AUGGCUUCCCCAACACAGACGCCACCCUCUCCUACGGCCAGCUUCUAUGACCUAAGUGACGAUGAAGAGGGAGAGUACAACACCAUCCGGCAUAGUAGUAGCGGAAAGGGCGUGAAGCUGUUGUACACUAAAAGCAAAGUAUACGUCCAUCCUACGCCCUCCUCCAAAGACAACAUCCCAGGCUUCGUAGCACUCGUCCAGCAAAAGUCGUCUCGCUCCACGAACGAUGCGCGCCCUACUUCAUCCUCGUCUGCACGAAGCGUCAACGCGUCGUCGCUGCUCCUUGCAUGGAUACCAGAGUCAAACCUCGGCGAUGCAUACGAUACCUAUGUGAAAGUUGACCUUUCAGAUUCGUCCUCACCACCCAAACAGUCGUACCUCGUACCGCCACCUCCUACACCGUCUACGCAUGCCGGAACCCCUGGGUAUGCGUUCGCGUUACCCGUCAGUGAGGUAUACUCUGUCCUCAUACGACCACCAAGUAUUGGCUGGUGGUUUGGCAGUGUAGUUAUCAACACGAGAUCUGGCGACAGCUUUCCCGCCCUGUUCUUCCACGACAGCGAAUGUCAAUCUACCAUCAUGCAGAGGAAGAAGCUAGCAAAGGAGAGCUUCGAUCCCUUCGGUGACGGGGGCGGCAUGUUCUGGGGCGGCGACGAGGUGCUGAGAUGGCUGAAGCGAUACGUCACAGUGGAGCGAUCUGGAGCCGAUCCAAGCAUAUAUCUAAUUGACCCCUCCGAAGACGACAAGCGGUCGUUCGGAAAGGCGAUGACACCAACGAAGAAUACCGACGGCAAUGCAGAGGGAUCCUCCUCGGGCAAAAGGGAUGGCGGUAUGGACCCAGUCACAAAGGCACUCAAGGAGGCGAGGUGGAACUUCCUCGAGAAGCUCAGCCAGGUCACUACUUUCACUCGGAGAACUGCGCAGGCUGUUGUAGAAAACCCCAAGAUCCCGCCUCAAGUUAGACGCCUGAUUCAGAAUCCAGAAGUUCAGACCUUGCAAGAGGAGUUUGACAGUGCGCGAAUUUAUCUGGCAAGAUGGGCCAUGGGCAUUGCUGAGCAAAGCGAGCGAGAGCGCAACCAACGGAUAUGGACGGCAAAAGACGUUCUGGCUAUGGAAGAAAGCGACGUUGGCGACUUUGAGAUCCUGGACAUGGACAAGAUGACCAUGGCCGACCGACGGAAACCGGUCACAUUGGAAGAGUGGAAUGGCUUCUUCGAUCCAAAGGGCCGGCUGCAGUUGACACCAGACGAAGUCAAGGACCGUAUCUUCCACGGUGGUCUGGAUCCCGAUGAUGGCGGCCUUGGCUACGUACAGGGCAUGAGCGAUUUGCUUGCGCCCAUCUACGCAGUCAUGCAGGACGACGCGGUUGCCUUUUGGGGCUUUGUUGGUUUCAUGGAACGCAUGGAGCGGAACUUCCUACGCGAUCAGUCUGGCAUGCGCAAGCAGCUUAUGACACUCGACCACCUCGUACAGCUCAUGGACCCCAAGCUCUACCUCCAUCUUCAGUCAGCCGAGUCGACCAACUUUUUCUUCUUCUUCCGCAUGUUGCUUGUUUGGUACAAGCGCGAGUUUGAAUGGCCAGAUGUGCUGCGGCUGUGGGAGGCACUUUGGACCGACUACCAAAGUAGCAACUUCCACAUCUUCAUUGCCUUGGCCAUUCUAGAGAAGCAUCGUGAUAUUAUCAUGGCACAUCUGAAGCAUUUUGAUGAGGUGCUCAAAUAUGUGAAUGAACUGUCUGGAACGAUGGAUCUAGAGUCAACACUCGUUCGCGCCGAGUCUCUCUUCAAGAGGUUCCAGCGAACGGUUGAAACUAUUGACAAGAAAGGCAAUUUUCCAUCAGCGCCACAGGCGAGACAACGGAAGCUGGCAGCUGCUGUGGUCGGUGGGCCAGGCCCCAGCACUACAGCAGGCUCGCCUCAACAGAAUGACCAAGCGACUGCUUCGGGUACUGACAAGGGCAAACAAGCCGGUGAUGGUGAAGAUGUCGAGUCUAGGGUCAUAAGCCCCGAGUUACGUGCCUUGCUAAGCAGGAAGGUGGAGAAGCUUGACAAAGAGACUAUCCUUGAGCAUGGCGGUGGCGUGGGGAAGUAG